AUGAAUGAAAAUAAACCAAGUGACUCACAGACUCUCGCUUGUGUUUUCUGUCGAAAAAAUGAUGAUUGUCCUAAUAAAUAUGGAGAAAAGAAAAUUAAUGAGCAAUGGAAUCUCACUGUACAUUACUAUUGUUUGUUGAUGUCAAGUGGAAUUUGGCAGAGAGGUAAAGAAGAAGAAGGAGUUUAUGGUUUCCUAAUAGAAGACAUAAGAAAAGAAGUGAAUAGAGCUUCUAAAUUGAAAUGUUGUAUUUGUAAGAAAAAUGGUGCUUCAAUUGGAUGUGUUGCACCUCGAUGUAAACGAAGUUAUCAUUUCCCGUGUGGACUUCAGAAAGAGUGUAUUUUCCAGUUCACUGGCAAUUUUGCGUCAUUUUGUUGGAACCAUCGACCUGUUCAAAUAAUUACACCUAAUAAUUAUAGAGACUCCUUACCAUGCACCAUUUGCUUGGAAUUUAUUGAGCCUGUUCCAACUUAUAGCAUAUUACGAAGUCCUUGUUGUAAGAAUGCUUGGUUUCAUAGAGACUGUUUACAGAUUCAAGCAAUAAAUGCAGGAGUGUUUUUCUUUAGGUGCACAGUAUGCAAUAAUAACGACAUAUUUCAGAAAGAGAUGUUGAGAAUGGGAAUUCAUAUUCCUGAAAAAGAUGCAUCUUGGGAAUUAGAGGAAAAUGCUUAUCAAGAGCUUCUGCAGCACUAUGAGCAUUGCGAUGUACGAAGAUGUCGUUGCAAGGAAGGUCGAGACUAUAAUGUGCCUAAUAGCAAAUGGGAAAUAAAGCGUUGUCAGUCUUGUGGUUCUAGUGGGACACAUUUAGCCUGUUCCUCACUACAAUCGUGGGAACAAAAUUGGGAGUGUUUGGACUGUAGAGGUAUUACCUACAACUCAGGAGAUUUCCAAAAAGCCAAAAAACAUACAUUAUCCAACACUAACAAUGUUGAAAUAAAUGAUUGCUUGUUGGAAGAAUCAUCACCUAAGUCAUCCAGACAGUCACCUGGAGCCCAGCAAAAAGAUCUAAUGAGGCAAGGCAACAGAUUUAGGAGAGACAUUUCAACAAUGAUUAUAGAGUUAGGAUUUCAAAUUAUUAAAAAACCAAAAAGAUUAUAUAUCAACAAAGCCGAUAUCUGGAAUAGUGCCUUAAACGGAUUCAGAAAUCAAAAGUUUAAUCCUUCGUACACAAUUGAAGUUGCAUAUGUUAAUGAAAGUGAUAAUUUUGGAACAGAGCAUCCUGGAUCAAAGCAAGAAUUCCUAAGUCUUUUAAUGCAACAUCUUGAGAACUCACCAUUGUUUGAAGGGUCCUUGUCAAAGAACUUGUCCCUAAAUUCUCAAGCUCUGAAAGAGAAUCUUUAUUAUGAAGCUGGCAAAAUGCUUGCCAUAUCUUUGGUUCAUGGUGGUCCUUCACCUGGUUUUUUUUCUAAAACUUUGUUUAACUGCCUUGUUUUUGGACCAGAAGAUACCUUUCCAACUUUAGACGAUGUUUCAGACUUUGAUGUGGCACAGAUUUUAAUCAGGGUAAAUAGUGCAACAAAUGUAGCUGACUUAAACUCAAUUGUGAAUGAUUGCUAUAAUUACCUAGAGCUUAUUGGAUGUCUACGAAUUAUCACAUCGUUAAGUGACAAAUAUUUAUUGGCAAAAGACAUACUUGCUUACCAUGUAAUUAAAAGAGUCCAAGCACCUUUUGAAAGUUUUAAGCAGGGUCUGAAAACUCUUGGCGUUUUGGAGAAAAUUCAGACUUAUCCAGAAGCAUUUUAUAGCAUCUUUUGUCAUAAACCUGAGAAUCUUUCUGCAAAAAUCCUUAGAGAUCUUUUUACAGUACACACAAGUGAUGCACAGUCUUUGGGGUUUUGGAACAAUUACUUACAAGCUGUUGAAGAUGGUAAAUCUGCAACAACAUUGGAAGAUAUUCUUAUUUUUGCAACUGGUUGCAAUUCCAUUCCACCUGCUGGAUUUAAACCCACUCCUUCAGUUGAGUGCCUUCAUAUGGAUUUUCCUGUUGGAAACAAGUGUAAUAACUGUUUAUCUCUCCCAAUCACCAAUACAUACAAAGAAUUUCAAGAAAAAAUGGACUUUUCCAUAAGAAACACUUUAAGACUAGAAAAAGAAGAAAGCUCUCACUAUGUUGGACAUUAA